AUGGAGGACAAAAUAGAAGAAAACCCAAGAAAAAGAAGACGUACAGCAAGUGGUGAUAAGGAAAACAUAAUUGUUGCUGGAGGUGAAGGAGUUGACUCUGUAGAGAUGUUUAACUGGCGUCAAAGGACAUGGUCGCUAUUACAAUACAUGCCAGAGGAGCGUUAUGGAGCGACUGCGUUUGUUUACAACAACCAUGUAACAGUAGUUGGGGGUGGAUGUUCUGAUUCUGACUAUAUCCAUGAUAUGAUUAGCAUGAGUAUUGACCCAAACCCUGCAGAUGUCGCAACAUAUUGGAUUGGGUGUCCUGUUGGACUACCUGCUAAGUUGACUCACCACAGCAGUGUGCUGUAUAACGACCAGUUGAUAGUCACUGGCGGUGAUAAUGGAAAUGUUACAUCUGCUUAUAUUGAUGAAAUACAGCUUGUUCUUCCCUAUACUGUGAAGGGUUUAUCAGGAAUGCUACAACCAAGACAGGAUCACAGCACGGAAAUAUUUUACGAUGAUUUGUUAAUUGUUGGAGGAAGUACAACUGACAGACACCAAGACAGCCUCAGAAGUGUCGAACUGUAUGAUAUAAAGGAGAAUGAAUGUAAACAGUUGGCACCACUGCCGUAUGAAGUGAGUCAGAUGGCAACUGUGAGAUGGGGAGACAACAUCGUUAUCAUAGGUGGCAUUGGCAAAGAUGGCAAUAUAUUGAAUUCAGUUGUCAUGUACAAUGUCAACACAGGACAAAAUCGCAUGCUACCAUCCAUGAGAUGUAAGAGACGGGGAUGUACUGCAGUUGUUAUUGGAAACAACAUUGUAGUACUGGGAGGAAGGGAUGAGCAAGAGCGUGAUCUAAGGUCACUUGAAGCUUUCAACUUCGAAAUUUAUGCUUGGCAAGGUUUCCCGGCAAUGUCUGAAGCAAGAUGCUUUCACACUGCUGUUGUUGUGUGAACAAUGCAAGAAUGUUGAACAUUUCUUUCAGAUAACAAGUUGACUAUAUUCAUGUAUUAUGAACAAUUUUAAUUAGCACAAAUAUAGGAAAUUAGAGUAAUAUAUAUUGUGAUUGUUUGGUAUGUGUGAACAAAAUUAUAACCAGUUUUUCAACCACAUACAUAUAACAUAGGGUGUGCUCGCAACAGGCCUGUACCAAACUUUUCGACGAGUUGUAACAAUGAUGUAAUUUCAUCAAUUUGUUACAAGAUUUGUCACUUACAGCUUCUUAACAAGUUGCGCUGAAUUGCAGGACGAUGACGAGUUGUUGGAACAGGAACUUGUUAACAAGCCGUUGACAGCUUGUCAACAAACUGGGAACAAGCAGUCUUGGUACAAGUCUGGUGCUAGUUUGUCAGUGUUGGGGAAAAAAUGAAUAAGUAAACGUAAUGAACGAUGUCUUUCAUAAGUUAAUAAUAGCAUAGAAAAAUCUUUGUAAUUGGGUUAUAUUAUCAAAUGCGAUCGUGGGUAAUAAAAGUACUUUUAGAAUUCUGAAAUCUUUGUAAUCUUUAUUUGCGUGUAUACAAAGUUUGAAAGUGGGUAUUUUGGGAUAUCAUUUUUCAGGUGAUUCGGACACAAACCACGACAGCUUAUUUUCGAAUACUACCAACACUCGACUACCUGAAAAAGAUAUCUCAAAUGUGGUAGUUCAGACACAAACCACGACAGCUUAUUGUAGAAUACUACCUACACUGGACCACCACGUUUGAGAUAUCUUUUUCAGGUAGUUUACACACAAACCACGACAGCUUAUUGUAGAAUACUACCUACCCUGGACCACCACGUUUGAAAUAUUUUUGUCAGGUCGUUCAGACACAAACCACGACAGCUUAUUGUAGAAUACUACCAACACUGGACCACCACGUUUCAAAUAUUUUUUCAGGUAGUUCAGAAACAAAUCACAACAGCUUAUUGUACUGAAAUUCUACUUGAACUAGCUGAACCGUCACCCCUAAGGACAUUGCAUCUUUCGAAAUAAACCUGAUAUUAAUUUUUUUCCAUUUCUCAAAGGCGAUAUCAAUUCGAAUUCAAAUCUACUCAACAGAAAUGAUCUUUAUGAAUUCAAGUUCACCAAUGGGCAUUGGUGUCAUUGGCCCAUCGAAGGAAGGUAAAUAUCGGUCGGUUGGGUCAAGGUCCAGACACACCGGACGGGAUUCGACAACACCACGCGACCGAUAACAUUGAUCCUAGUUUAAGUUUUCCAAAUAUUUAGAAGCGUUAUAACAUUUUGAGUUAUUUGGUCUACAUAUCUUUCAAAAUUUUCUCUCAUUGGCUGUUUUAUAUAUUAAAUUUCAAAAACUAAAAAAUCGCGUCGCGUUGUCGAAUCCCAUCCGGUGUUUCUGGACCUUCAGUCAGAGAGGCACACACUUUUUCUCUCGGUCAUUUUAGAGUAGUUUGUUAUAUGUAUAACCCAACUUCUGACGUCAUCAAAACCAUAGUUAAUGAGGUGAAGAAUUAGUCCAAGUUGGCGGACACCUCAUUAAUUUCGCCUAAAUAUUUCGAGAACUGAGCAAGAUAUGACAAAUCGGUAAUAGAGUUUAUAUAAUAACUACAGUGAAACACGCGAUUUGAUUGGUCAAUAUAUAUAUAGCCGUGCAGGAUCAAGCUAAUCCUGCACGAGGAAUUGAAAUACCUUCGCGGGAUUUUCGCGGGAUUCUCAAAAUAUCAUUGUUUCACUGUAGUUAUUUUAUAAAACAAUUACCAAAUGGUUUUCCAAGCAGGAUAGCGUGAUCCAUGCACUUGGGAUGUUGCUCGACUUUCGGAAAGCGUAAAAAUACACUCACCUGCGGCUCGAGUAUUUUUACGCUUUCCGAAAGUCUCGCGACAUCUUUCGUACAUGGAUCACGCAAUCCUGCACGGAAAACCAUUUGGUAUUCCUUUAUUAAUAUAUAAUUUUAAGAGUUCUUUUGAAUGAGAGAAACUUUUUUAUUGCCAAUGUCCUUUAAGGUUACAGGACAUUCUUUUUGGCGUUUUGCGGAAAAUCGCUACUGCGCGCUCAAGAUCAGUCCGAUUUUCAUCAAAUUUUCACCAAAUGUUCGCCAGUGCAUGCAAAAUAUGGUAAAGUUAUAAAAUUAACAAGCAAUAAAAUAAUGUAAGAAUUAUUCAGGAGAAUCUUAAAUCGCGGUACCGUUACGCUUUUGAGUUGUGCUCCUGCUGGUUUUAAGUUAUAUUUAUGAAAAUAUCAUUUUUAAACAGUAAAAUAGUUGUUCUAAAAAAUUGUAAAUUUUUGUUUAUUUCGUCAUUCCGCUGAUAUGGCGAUUUCUUUGACGACUGCAAUAUAUUUCUGAAUUGUUUGAGUGAAUUGCUCUUUAUUAUUAAAAUAUCCAAAAUUAAAAAAAAAGCCCAACACAAUUUUGAAACUGACGUCUUUAGCUAUGUCCUGUGAAAAUUUGAGAGAAAUUCUUUAAAACCCGCAGGAGCACAACUCGUUUGAAAAUCAGUAAUUGCCGUAAAAUUCUUCGGGAGAAAAUUGAAUUUGAAUAUUACAUUUUCAAUGUUUUUCUUAUUGCAGCGAAAUGUAUUUUAUUAAAUAACUCUGCGAGUUUUCAACAUUUUUCGUUCAAACUUGGUCAGGUAGUAGAACUAGUCUAAUGCUUUCAUGGAAUAAAAAAAAUUUAGGCAAAAUUAACACUCAAAGGUGUUCUGUAACCUUAAAUACCUAAUAAAUUUAUUGCCAAUAAAUACCUAAAAUACCUAAAAUACCUUAAAUACCUAAUUAAUUUUAUUGCCAAUGUCGUAUCAAUAUCUAGUAUACAAUAUACGAAGUGAUCUCAAACUGAUCUUACCUCGCAGGGUACCUCCAGCACGCUCAGCCCAUGGUGCUGCCGUUUAUAAUCAAAAGUUGUGGGUGUUUGCAGGCUAUGACGGUAGUAAGAGGUGAGCUUUCAAUCGGGUUUUAGCCAAUCAAGUUUUUUGGUAAGGGAAGCGGUUAUUAUUUAUGGCGGGGGGGUGGCAUCGAAGAGAAAAGGGUUGGGUACACAAAAUUUUGAGUGAGUAAAAGGUUGGGUAAAUGAAAAACAAAGACAACUCAAGGGUUGGGUAAUGAAAAUUUAUUGUCAUUUGCAAAGCAUGACUCGCUCAAAUAUUGAAGACUAAAAAGCAAUGAACAGUUGCCCCCUCUUCGACAUUUAGCUACUAAACGACAAACGUCAGGCAAAGAGAAAAAUUACACUAUAAAGCAAUAAAAAGUAAAUGGGCUUGUUGUUUUAUGACUAGAAUGCUCAACUAUUCGUGUGUCAUAUGAAUGAAAAUAUGACACGUGAAGCUUAAACUCCCUAUUGUUUCUCCUUAUUACUUCAGACUUAAUGACAUGUGGAUGUUGGACCUGACAAGCCUUGAUUUUACAUUAUGGCAAGAAGUAAGAACAUGGCUUUCUAUAUUGUACAUAAUUAAAUUGACGUUGUUUAUACUGGAUAGUUCUAUCAGUUCUAAACUGUUCUUCCUAGAAGUCCAGUAAGGAUCAUCUCUUAUUGAUCCAGUGUUACUACAGGAGGAAACCUAAACUAAACUAGCUUUAUUUAUACUGGAUAGCUCUAUCAGUUCUAAACUGUUCUUCCUAGAGGUCCAGUAAGGAUCAUCUCUUAUUGAUCCAGUGUUACUACAGGAGGAAACCUAAACUAAACAAACUUUAUUUAUACUCGAUAGCUCUAUCAGUUCUAAACUGUUCUUCCUAGAGGUCCAUUAAGGAUCAUCUCUUAUUGAUCCAGUGUUACUACAGGAGGAAACCUAAACUAAACUAACUUUAUUUAUACUCGAUAGCUCUAUCAGUUCUAAACUGUUCUCCCUACGUAUCUUGUUGACAAGCUGUGAAAUUUUUACGCGUGUACUGGACAUCUAGGGAGAACAGUUUAGAACUGAUAAAGCUAUCCAGAAUAAAUAAAGUUAGUUAGGUUUCUUUCUCUAGUACUAGUAACACUGGAUCAAUAAGAGAUGAUCCUUACUGAACCUCUAGGAAGAACAGUUUAGAACUGAUAAAGUUAUCCAGUAUAAAUAAAGUUAGUUUAGUUUAGGUUUUCUCCUGUAGUAACACUGGAUCAAUAAGAGAUGAUCCUUACUGGACCUCUAGGAAGAACAGUUUAGAACUGAUAGAGUUAUCCAGUAUAAAUAAAGUUUGUUUAGUUUACGUUUCCUCCUGUAGUAACACUGGAUCAAUAAGAGAUGAUCCUUACUGAACCUCUAGGAAGAACAGUUUAGAACUGAUAGAGUUAUCCAGGAUAAAUAAAGUUAGUUUGGUUUAGGUUUCCUCCUGUAGUAACACUGGAUCAAUAAGAGAUGAUCCUUGCUGAACCUCUAGGAAGAACAGUUUAGAACUGAUAGAACUAUCCAAUAUAAAUAAAGUUAGUUUAGUUUAGGUUUCCUCCUGUAGUAACACUGGAUCAAUACGAGAUGAUCCUUGCUGAACCUCUAGGAAGAACAGUUUAGAACUGAUAGAGCGAUCCAGUAUAAAUAAAGUUAGUUUAGUUCAAGUUUCCUCCUGUAGUAACACUGGAUCAUUAAGAGAUGAUCCUUACUGGACCUCUAGAGAGAACAAUGUAGAACUGACAGAGCUAUCCAGUAUAAAUAAGAUUAGUUUAGGGUUCCUCCUGUAGUAACACUGGAACAAUCCUUACUGUACCUCUAGGGAGAACAGUUUAGAACAAGUCUAUAAUGGAUAGUUUAGUUUAUAUGGUUAACACGUAAUAGGAUAGAGUCUCCAGAAUUAUUGUCAGAAAGGGUCCCCCCCCCUCCCCCCACGCGCGCGCUCACUUUCAUUCCCCGUGCCAGCCAUGCCCCGCCUAUAUUUUCGACAGUAGUAGAUUGCAGCAUUUAUCUAAUAUGUUUGUAAUAACUAUCCAGGUUCGUCAGAUUGGCGAAGGUCCGCCGACGUGCUGUAAUUUUCCCGUGACUAUCGCACGUGACACAAUGUUUGUGUUCUCUGGUCAAAGUGGAGCAAAGAUCACCAAUGAUCUCUUUCAAUUUCACUUCGAUACAAGACAGUAAGCUUCAAAAUCAUUUGUUGUUUUUCGUUGUGAUGUAUAGAGUACAUUCAUCAAGUAGCAGACUUACGUUCAAACAAACAAACAAACAAACAAACAAACAAACAAACAAACAAACAAACAAACAAACAAACAAACAAACAAACAAACAAACAAACAAACAAACAAACAAACAAGCAAGCAAGCAAGCAAGCAAGCAAGCAAGCAAGCAAGCAAGCAAGCAAGCAAGCAAGCAAACAAACAAGCA